AAACAGUUGAGUUUAGCAACUCGGCCAAAUAAGACAUUCAGUGGAGUGAAAACCUAAAAAUUAAAAUGAAAUUCUUGAUAUUCCUGCUUGUGGCCCUGCUCGCCUAUGCAUCAGCUCAGUUUGGGCCUUUUGGCGGAUUUAUUGAGCGAUUGGAACAGGGUCAACAACAGCAGCAGCAGCAGAGCGGCUUUGGAGGAGGUCAACAGCAGCAGCAGCAGGAAGAGGGGUUCAUAAUCAGAGGUCCUUUUGGCGGCGGCCUCGAGUUCUUCGAGGGGCAGCAGCAACAGCAGCAAGGAGGCGGCGGUCAGCAGCAACAGCAGCAGCAGGAAAAUCUAUUCAAUUUCUUUGGUUAAUCCUGCUUAAUAAGGAAAUCUAGCCAAAGACUGACCAGCGCCUCUUGAAUUCAAAAGGAAGCCAUCCUGAAAAGCCAUGAUCCAAAAGAUACACAUUUAGGAAUAGAAAAUAAAAGAGAAUAUUUUUUUCCUUUUUAGAAAGGUCAAGUA